AUGUAUACAAAGACAACACAUGUGAAUGUCAGCAGCACGGUAAAGCACUACUUGCACCUUUUAAGCAAAGUCAAUUGCAACAACAUCAGAAGCACACUUAAGAUUAAACUUUUUUUGGAAUCAAACGAAAGAACGAACAAAAACAAUAUGGCUAAAAAUUGUGGAAGAUGUAACAAGGUUGUCUACCCGGCAGAGGAGCUCAAAUGCUUGGAUAAAACCUGGCACAAAAUGUGCUUCAAAUGUACCGAAUGUGGCAUGCAGCUGACUUUGAAGAACUACAAAGGGUUCAAUAAACUGCCCUACUGCAAUGCCCACAGUCCACAAUUGAAAGCGACGACAGUAGCGGAGACACCGGAGCAGAAGAGGUUGAAGCAGAUUUCGGAUAUGAACAGCCAGGUUCUGUACCAAAAAGAUUACAAGAGUAACUUGGGUAACGUAACGUCGAUUGCUGAUGAUCCUACCACACAAAGAGUCAAGCAACUCGGCAACCUUAGUAAUGUUAAAUAUGCUGAUAAUCGCAACGAAGAACAGGAAGGCCAUGGAUACGGAGAAGAAGUUCCUUACCACCAAGGAGGAGAGGGCGGAGAAGGUGGAGAUGAAGGCCUGUGCUACAGAGCCAUGUUCGAUUACGACGCUACGGAUUCAGACGAAGUGAGCAUAGCCGAGAAUGACAAGAUCAUCAACUGCGAGGUCAUAGACGAGGGCUGGAUCAUGGGCACCGUCGAGAGAACCGGCUCUAGAGGGAUGAUCCCCGCCAACUACGUCGAGGCCAUGUAG